AUGGCUUUCCUGGCGACCGCGCGCACUACGGUGGACCGCAUCUAUGUGUGGAGCAAUAGGCAGCCCUGGCUCUUCAUCCGCCGGGGACUCUGGGUGCUGACCUUCGGCUGGGCGCUGUGCGUGCUCUAUUUGCUGUUUGCGGCGGUCAUGCUGGUGUCCAUCAUUUUUGCGCCAUUCUCGUACCAAGCCUUCCGCAUGGCGCUGCUGGCCCUGGAUGGCGGCAUCAUCCUGGAGCCCUUCAGCCAGUACAUCGUGUUAUCGCUGGAGGUGCGCCUGGUGGCGGGGGCGCCCGCAUGGGGCAACCCGGCGCACCCCUACACCAUCUGUGCCAACGGGGUGUGGUGCGUGCUGUUUGGUUGGCAGAUGGCGCUGGCCCACCUCACGGCCGCCCUGUUCCAGGCGCUGACCGUCAUUGGCCUGGGCACGGCACUGACCAACGUGCAGCUAGCGCAGUUUGCCAUAUGGCCCUUUGGCCGCUCGUUGCGCCGCCGCCAGCUUCCCACUUCGCUGACGGAGCUGGAGGCCCAGCGGGCCAAUGCGUCGAUGGAGUCCAGCACAGCCAGGGCGCUGGGCUGGGUGUGA